CGGGAGUUUGAACAACGCUGUUAUAGCUGAUUUUUCUUUCCAAAGCAUACGCAUACCUGUCCACGUAUUAUCAUUCUUGAGCAAACUCAAAGAUGGGAGGUCUAUUCAGUCGGGGGCGGCCAGAAGCGCCCAGUCCGUCUCUCGUUGAUAUAGAAGCGCGUCAGAGAGCAGAGGAAGCUGCUGCUCAAGCGCGAGAGGAUGCUGCAGCUGCCAGAGCACAGAUCGCCUGAGCUCAUCAAGUCGAAUCAAGAUUCGCAGCAAAAGUUUAUGGAGGCUCAGCAGGCCUCCUUGCAAGCCGCGGCAGCCUCCCAGGAGCAGACCCAUAAGGAGAUGAUGGCCAUGGUCCAGGCCGAACGUGCCUCCAACGAAGCUCGCUUACUUGCGGAAGCUGCUGCUCGUACCGCCACCGCAGAAGCAAAGCAGAGAGCAGCGGAAGCAGAGGAGGAGCGUAAGCGAACUGCCGCUGUCCAAGAACAAGCCAAACGAGACGCUCAGGCUGCCCAGGAGCAGGCCAAGAAAUUACAGGAGGCCGCUAAUGAGGAGAAGAAGAAGGCGACUGCCGCACAGGUGGCGGCCAACGAGUCGAAGAAAGUAGCAGAAGAGCAAGUAAAGGUGGCCAAUUCUGCCAAGGAGGAUGCUGAACGCAGGUUGAAAGAAGGCAUUCAACCUGUGGUGACUCCCACGCCUGCAGAAGUUAGCGCCGCCAAACGGAAAGUCCAAUAUCGCGAGGACCUUUUCCACUUCGCAGUAGCCGGGGUGGCAGGAGGAGGGAAAUCAUCUCUGAUCAAUGCCUUCCGCGGUUUGCGCAAUAAGGACGCCGGAUCUGCUGCCACUGGGGUCACGGAGACAACGCUAGCCAUGGCCAGAUACGCCAGCCCCAACGCGGAAUACCCAUAUGUCUGGUACGAUAUCCCGGGCGCAGGCACGCUCAAAAUCCCCGACUGGCAGUACUUCAACGCCCAAGGACUUUACGUCUUUGACUGCAUCAUCGUCCUGUUCGACAAUCGGUUCACCAUGACCGACAUUGCCAUCCUUACCAACUGCAAGCGUUUCAAGAUCCCCACAUAUAUCGUGCGCUCUAAGGCAGACCAACAUAUUCGUAACAUCAUGAAGGACAUGGGGUACGACAGCGAUGACGAUGAGAGCGAGGACCAGAAGAAGAAGCUUUACCAGGCUGCACGGCAGCAGUUCAUUCAGCAGACGCGCCAGAGCGUGAAAGAGAACCUGGAGAAUGCCAACAUGCCUGACCAAAGGGUCUAUAUCGUUUCGAACGAACCCAUGCUCGGUGUCAUGAAGGAAAAGCGGCCGAAGAAGGUCAUCGACGAGAUUGAGUUGUUGAACGACUUAAUCGGAGAAGCUCAGACCAGGCGAGCACGCCGUGAUGCUGAAGCAGCGACUGUUGUAAAGGAGAAGUAGUCGUCGAUGAUAAAGUUCUUACUAUAUUUCUUCCUUUGGGCUCUUGUUGAUAUUUCUCUGUUCUCGAUACGAUCUUAUCGCUUGUGACCGAUCUUGGCUGCCGACUCGCAGUCGGUGAUGUAUUUCUUUCUUCGCGCUGGUGUUGUUCGCAUCUUCCUUUUUGACAUGUUCAUGACCUCUUGAUUCUGUUCACAAUACUGCUCGUAACCGAUUAAUCGAACUUCUCGCUGACUCCGACUUCCAAGCGAUGUACCCUUGACCCGUCUC